AUGCAAAUUUUGUACCAGAUAAGUUCACUGAUAUCGAAUGUCUAUGGGACAUUGAAACUGAGCUUAUCUGUGAAUACGGUUUACCUUACAAAUACACUACGUUUCCUGAUUCCUGAAUGUCAUAUUGAACUUGAAAAUACUGCUAUGGUCGUCGAUAAUAACCCUUCGGAGAGCAUGUUCUGGGAGGAGUUAUCUUUGUUCAAUAAUAAAUUUAUUUCUCCGUCAACGUCAACAUAA